AGGGUAUUUUCUUAAUUUUUUUGCUUGUUUAAUUCACUAUGAAAACGUCAGGAUGCGCAAAUUUUAAAUAACAUUACUUAUAAAGUUCUUUUAGUUGUCAGUGGUUUACUUAAUUUUAGUUUAUUAUGUUAUUUUAACUGAACAUAAUCACGCUUUUUUAAAAAAGAUAAAUUGUUUACGAAUCGUGUCUUUUUAAGUUACCCUUGUUACAUUUUAAAGGUUAGUUUACUUAAUGUAUAUUCGAGUACACUAUUUUCGCAAUGGGUUUGUCUAAAAAGAUGAAAUAACGAAGUAGAGAGGGGUGGGGCGGAGUUUGUUAUGGUUACCAUCACAGAGUUAGACCACUUCCGCAGGUUUGUUUUGCAUAUGACGUAAACAACAAGAAUUUACCAAUCAUAGAGAAGCAUAGAGAUUCGAAAAUUGGAAGCGGGCCCGUGGAGAGCGAGAGGAAAUUACGAAAUCUGAAGAAAUAUAUUGUUGCUCAAAGGCGUGAAACGAUCUACAAAUAACUUUUAUUUUAUGCAAAAUUUGGAAUGAACUGUGUAAGGUAAUAUUUUGCCAAUAUGCCUAUUUACACAACUCCCACAAGAAAUCACACUGCUCUUUUUGGGCGCCUCCAACCUAAAAACAGUGAAUUGAGUGACCUUUCUAAAAGCAACAACAAACUUAAAGCACAUGAGCAGGGGGAGAACAGCAAGAGUAUUGGGCAGUCCUCGUUGACCCUGGACAAAAGCAAAGAGAUUAAUAAGACAUAUGUAGUAUCUGCUGGUAAAAGGUUUGGCGGGACACCUGGUACACCCAGAUCUGAAGGUAGGCUGACCCUUCAGAGGAGAAAAACAGACUACAAAGGUGCACAGAAUGAGAAAGAGCCUGAUGAGAAUGAUGAAAAUAAAGUUGAGGUUCCAGAAAAAAGGCUUACAUUGCAGCGCCGGACAAGAACAGGUUCCAUAGAUAAAAGCAGCCCAGAAAAAGACAAGAUAAUAACUGAGAAACAAGGUGAAAUUACCAGCUUAGGUUCACAACAGCAAGCAAAUAAUAAAGUAUUGUUUGUACCAGAUACUGGUAGCAAAACCCUGCAAGUUACAUCAGUUCAACGAUCAGGGAGUUUGAGGGAUCCGCUCUCAAAAUUCACACCAAGAACUAAACCGGCCCCAUCAACACCUGGACAAUCAGCUGGAAAAGUUGGUGAAAAACCUAUAAAGUCUUACCAGACAGUAAGCGCUGAAUCUGCUUUGAACAAAUGUGUGGUACCCAAAGCAGAAGGUUUGAACAAAUUAACUUCAACACCUACCAAAAGAACACCAGUUGCAAAAGUGAAUGCAAAAGAUACUAUGAGAGAAUCUAUAAAACCGGCAAACACAAAGUAUGGUAGUUUGGAAAGGCAAAGAACGCCUCUACAAGCUAAUGGGGAAAGUGUCAAACCCACAGCAAAAUACGCCACUCUUCAGGACAACACUAAAUUCCUCAUUGGAACUCAGGGAAGAAGCUUGUUAUCCAACCUGCAGGUAACAAAGCCAAGAAAGAUGGUCAGUUCUGCCAAUUCAGCAUCUAUCGGUGCAAAGUCAGGGUAUGGAACACCUGGUAAAGGAAUUUCAUCAAAGGAGGAGAUUACCAGACAGAGCACAGCGCUGGGCCAGGAUGCCUUGAAGAUGGAAAACAGUGCAGUGACAGUGGCAGUAAGGGUGAGACCGUUCAAUAACCGGGAGAAGACAGAAAAGGCCCAUCAAGUAGUCUUCAUGGAAAGUCAGGAAACAAUAGUCCAACAUCCGGAGUCCAAACAGUCCCAUUCCUUUGUAUAUGACUUUUCCUUUUGGUCUUUUGAUAAAACUCAUCCAAGUUUUGCUAGUCAGAAGACAGUUUAUGAAAAGCUGGCGUUACCUCUGCUGGAAAGAGCGUUUGAGGGGUACAACACCUGUCUCUUUGCAUAUGGUCAGACUGGAUCGGGGAAGUCAUACACAAUGAUGGGUUUCAGUGAGGAUGCAGGGGUUAUACCGAGAUUCUGCGAAGAUCUAUUCUCUAGAGUGAAAAAGUCAGAAAACCAAGAGGUUUCAUAUCGUCUUGAAAUGAGCUAUUUUGAAGUUUACAAUGAGAAAAUUCAUGAUUUAUUGGUAGUGAAGGAUGAAAAUUGUCAAAAUAAGCAACCACUUAGAGUAAGAGAACACCCAGUCUUUGGACCCUAUGUAGCAGACCUGUCAAUGAAUGUAGUUGGCUCAUUUGACGAUAUUCAGAGCUGGCUUGAGCUGGGUAAUAAACAGCGAGCCACUGCUGCCACAGGAAUGAACGAUAAGAGCUCCAGGUCUCACUCUGUCUUCACUCUAGUCAUGACUCAAACCAAGACUGAGUUUGUAGACGAGGAGGAGCAUGAUCACACGAUCACCAGCAGGAUAAACCUAGUGGACCUGGCUGGGAGCGAGCGCUGCUCCACAGCACAGACCAGCGGAGACCGUCUCAAGGAAGGUGUAAGCAUCAACAAGUCCUUAUUAACCUUGGGAAAGGUUAUUUCUGCCCUUUCUGAACACACCUCACAGAACAAGAAGAAGGUCUUCAUUCCUUACAGAGAAUCGGUGCUAACAUGGUUGUUGAAAGAGAGCCUUGGUGGGAACUCAAAGACUGCCAUGAUAGCCACUAUUAGUCCUGCAGCCAGUUAUGUGGAGGAGUCCCUCAGCACACUUCGAUAUGCCAAACAAGCCCGCAUGAUAAUCAAUAUUGCCAAGGUUAACGAGGAUACCAACGCUAAAUUAAUCAGAGAGCUGAAAGCUGAAGUUGAAAAGUUGAAAGCAGCGCAGAUGAGCAUCCAGGGCAUUGAGCCAGAGAAAUUUAAACUGUUCAGACAAGAAAUAGUGAGUCUUAAAAUGCAGUUAACUCAGCAGGAGAGGGAAAUGGCUGAGGCCCACAGAACUUGGAAAGAGAAGCUGGAGCAAGCAGAAAAACGAAAGCGUGAAGAGACCAAAGAGUUGCAGAAAGCUGGCAUUACAUUUAAAGUGGAUAACCGUUUGCCGAACCUUGUCAAUCUCAAUGAGGAUCCACAGCUUUCAGAAAUGCUGUUGUAUAUGAUCAAAGAAGGGCAGACCAAAGUCGGAAGAUACAAGUCAAAUUCAGCCCAUGAUAUAAAUCUUUCUGGAGCCCUUAUUGCUGACGAUCACUGUGUCAUUUCAAACAUAGCUGGUACAGUAAGCAUCACUCCAGUUAAAGAUGCAAAGACUUAUGUAAACGGAAUCCUUGUCUCUGAUUCAACAGUCCUACACCAUGGGGACAGAAUUAUUCUUGGAGGGGACCAUUAUUUUCGAUUCAACCACCCAGUUGAGGUGCAGAGUGGGAAAAGAGUUUCCUGUUGGACUGGCCCAGGGGAUGGACCCAAGGACUUUGAAUUUGCAAAAAAUGAAUUAUUAUCAGCCCAAAGAGCACAGCUCGAAGAAGAGAUUGAGGAAGCUCGUAUGAAAGCCAAAGAAGAAAUGAUACAGGGAAUACAAGUUGCCAAGGAGAUGGCUCAGAAGGAGCUUUCUGACCAGAAAACGUUGUACGAAAAUAGAAUUAAAGCUUUAGAAAAGGAAUUGGGGGAAGAAGCCCAGAAGAAGAAACUCCAGGAACUUAAUAACAAGAAAGCUGUCAGUAAAAUUGAGGAGCUUCAGAGUGUGAAAACACAACUUGAAUUAAAGGUGCAGGUGAAUAAAAAACGACUGGAAAUGGAAGCUCUAGCUACCCGACAGGCACUCUCAGAUCAUGACACCCGUCAUGCAAAAAUUAUUGAAGCUUUAGAAGCAGAAAAAAAGAAAAUCACUGAAGAUUUAGAAAGGAUACAGCAAAAACGUUUACAAAAAGAAAAAGGAAGUGUUCCACAAAACACUCAACCGCAAUGGGACUCAAUGAAGCUGUCUGUGAUGAUCCAGGAAGCAAAUGCUAUUGGCAGCAAACUGAGAAAACAAACAGUUUUCAGCAGACAUGAACCAGCUGAUAAAGAAAGUGCAGAUGAUAAAGAACUGCUCCAAGUGCAAGUUCAGAACACCAAACUGGGAAUCACAACAGUUUGGAGCCUGGAGAAAUUUGAGAACAACCUAGCAGCAAUGAGAGAACUUGAUCAGGGAAAUGCUGGUUCAAGAGAUGAUGAUGUGUUUUAUGAUCCCAAUGACGAGUGGGAACCAGACAUAUCGGCUUCGUCCACAUCAUCCUCUUUUUCAAGAAGAAGGAGCAGGAGUCUUUUAAAAGGCAGGAGAAUCUCAGGACGACUCUAUGAAAUAAGAGUUCAUCCAAUUCAGUCUCUUCUCAACUCCCAAAAUUCAGGUUUAAUUAACACCCACAGUGCACAUUCCAGCAUCUCUGAAUCAACAUUGCCUCGCAUAUGCAAAGAACUGAUUGGCUCUGCAGUGGAAAAACUCAGAACAUGUGGUGGGAAUGAGAGCCUGCCAGACAGAUUAAUAUCUGAUAUACUUACCAUUCACACAGGAGUUACUGCCAUCUCUGACUUUUAUGAACAUCUAGAUGAUGAAAGCCAAGAAAAUUUGUUUGCCUGUAAUUGUGAAACUCAAUCCCAGUUGAUAAGGGUGACAUCAGCCUUUGAAAGAGUGGCCUUUUUUACAAUGCAGUGGAAUUCUGAUGUCAAACCAUGUUCAGGUUCUACAUUGACUGUUGCUGAAGGUCUACAAGGGGAAGUAAAGAAAGUGGGUGGAUAUUUACAGUUACUCAUUCAGGGAUGCGAUUCAGAUAUUUCUUCAAUGGUAACAGAAGCUCUAAAAAAAAGCAACCAGUCUAUAAAAAGAACAGUUCAAUUAAUUGGUCAACUUGCACUUGUAACUGGGACAGAACUCCACACUGCAGAACACAGAAGCGAAGGUGCAAGAACUUACAAGAACUGCUUUGCUGUUCCACUUUACGAAGGAGCAUGCAAAGGAUUGACUAGUCUUCUAGAUGAUGGACUGCACCAGGCAAAGGAGAUGCAAAGAGAAGUUCAAGUCACAUUCCCUCAAUCUGAUCUUUUGCAGGAGUUGAAGAAGAACAUUUCAGUUUUAGCAACAUCCAUCCAGAACUAUAUCAUGCACUGUAAACAGAGAAGCAUUGGAUCUUUAGAGGGACACGAGGAUGGUCAUUCUGAGCAUCUGAAGACAGUGAAAACUAUUGCUGUUGAAUUUAUCAAAUUUAUUGAGAGCAUCAGGCAGAUCCAGCCUAUUGUCAUCAGUGCUUUAAGAGGUCAAGGAAACAGUUUCAGUCUCAGGACAUGCACAGAUGGAAUCUGUUCAUCAGCGAAGAGUAUUGAGGAAUGCAUCAGUUCAAUCGGUUCCUUCCCAAGCACUGCAGUGCACAACUCAACUACAAGACUUCAGAUACCUUGUAUGAAAAGUAGCUCUGCAAGAAAUGAUUUGGAGUCGGCAGUAAACUCAUUAACAGCAGCUUAUGAUCAAGUGCAAGGAGAAAAGAAAGAUCUUUCCAACACACAGGAUAAUAUGGGAAAAGCUGAAGGGAGUUUCAGGGGAAAUAAUAGUUCACUUUUAUCAAACACUUGGCGAAAAGAAGGAAUUCACAGGACUGAAUAUACGUACACACCUCACACAAACUUAGCAUGUUUUUCACCCAGUGGGAUUCAGUGGGUUUAAACACGAAGGCAGUAAAUCUACAUUUAAUAAACAUUUAAUACUUAUGUAUAAAAGGUUAUUUACUGUUUAAACUAUCAUCUGUAUUUUAUGGAAAACACAAACCAUUUUUUGUAAAGGGAUUUUGUCUACAAGGCAGAUCUGCCUCAGGGUACCAUUGACAAGCCUGCUGCCUUUUCAUAAUACAUAAAAUCCUACCCAUUGCAACAAGUGUUGCCCCUUGUAAUGUCACUAUUUUAUGACAUCCGCUUUUAAAAUAUUUAUAUUUUACUUUUGUUUUAUAUCGGAUUUGUUUUCACACACAAUAAUAUGCAUGAUAACACCUAUUGCAAAAAUCUGAAGUAUAGUCAGAGGUAAAAGUAUGAGGUACAUUUUCAGUUGGGCUGAAAGUCUAACCACAUCAUAUUUGAAAGCAUCUGAUGAAUAGAAUUGGUUCUUCGAGAUAGACUUCAUGUUGGUAAACCCUUUUUUAAUGAGUAAUGUUGAGAACUUAAAGUGGGCUAAAAUUCUAUUAAUGCUGUAUUUGUUAUGUAAAAAAUGAAAAACGAAUUGUUUGAUAACUAAAUGCCUAGUCUUGUACAAAGCCCCAGUUAAAUUCUGUAACUUUUCUUCAAAUUUAAAAAAAAAGGUUGUAUCUAGACACUUCACAGUGUAUGCAAUGUUUUUGGUGUGUGUUAGUUUUCAUGAAUCUGACGGUACAUCCGGUUUAUUACACAAUUGUAUUAAAUAUAGUACAAAUGUGCCUUUUCAAGAUAUGAUUUGUGUGGGAUUCAAAAAAGGAGUAAACUUAGAGAAAUAAAUCUAGUUAGAUGUUAUUUUAAAUUAUUUAAUUUACUAUACAAACUAUUUGUGGAAAAGUUUUGUUAAAUGUAUGGAAUGUUAUAACAAUAUAUACUGUACUUUUUCAUUUGUAUGCAAAACACACAAGACACUAUGUAGUGCUGUAUUCAUUUAAUGUUGUACAGAACAAUGUUUUUUUUUAUGUACCUUAUAUAAUCAUGCAUGGUUUGAAAUAUCCUGCCUGAAUGGACAUACAUAUUUAAUAAAAAAUGUUACUUAAAGAAA